AAAAUGGCAUCAGAUUCAGAAUUAUGGAAAAAAGCAUCAGAGGCCUUUAAAUUUAUUGAUAUUCAAAAAUAUUUAAAUGUGGAAGAACGUCAACUUAAAAUUUAUGAGACGGCUGAAGGGACGCUGUUUAAUCAAGAAGUUAUUGAAAAAAAUGCAGAUAUAAUAGAAAUUCCAAAAAAUAUCAAAAGAGAUUAUUCUUUUGCAUCAUACAAAGACCAACUGGCCGAUUUACAAUUACGAAAAGAAAUUGCUGAUAAAAAUAGAAAAGCUGGAAUAUUAACUGAAAAGCAGAAGAAAGCUGUUGAAUUGGAACUUAAAAAUGAGGAGGAGAUUCGUAAGUCGCUUAAACAAUUGCAUGAUUUAUUCGAAGGAAAAGUCAAAUUACUUUUUAUGGCUUGUAAAAAGGAACCUCAGUUUGCUUUCACCUAUAUAAAUAUAUUUUAUGAUUAUAUUGUUCCUUUAAUCAAGUCUCCUUUGGUUGCUAAAAUUGCUGUUAGAGGCUAUCUUUCUUAUAGAGAUGCUAUUUUUGAAGUGACUUCUGAUGAUCUUUACAAAUUAAUUUCCCAUGCAACAUUACGAGUUUUGGAUUCAAAAUUUUUAAUGGAUCAUUGGUGUGAAAUUUCAAUGGAAGAACAAAUACGUCAAUCAUUUCAUUUACUUUCGUCCUCAUGUUUUUUAUAUUUAAAUUUAUUGGAAGAAGAGGAGGAGGGGGAGGGAAAUGAAAAUUUGGAGGAGGAAGAUGAAAUUGAAAUUAAAAUAACUUCAGCAAAAUUAGCCUUCUUAUUACCCUUCUUUGAACAAUUUUUAAAGAAAACACCAGAAAAGUUUGAUGUUGAUUUGAGAAUUAAAGUUGCAAAGUUUUUACAAAAUGCGGUCAAUAAUAAAUUUAUUAAGCCAGAAGAAUUAACUUCACCUCCACUAUUAAAAUUAGCUUCGCUUCUAGUUGACUGUAUUUGUUUGGAUUCAUCAAUUGAGUAUAUUAAUGAUUUAAAAACAACUUUAAAUCAAUUUUUGGACAUGUUUAAUUCAAAUAAAGAGUUGACAAAUACAAAAGAUGUUGAAUUGAUUAAUUUUUUUAAAAAUAUUAAUUCACAUAUUUUUGAUGAUAAUGUGUUGAAAAGAAUUGCGAUUUUAAAGGCAAUAAAUUCAAUAUCACCAUUAUUAAAGCUAACAUUUGAAAACAACAAAGAAUUAUUUCAAUCAUUUAUUCGUGAUAUUUAUUUAUCUAAACAUGAUUCAAAUUUGGAAUGUUCACAAAAUGCUUGUAAUUGUUGGGAAAAUUUGGAAUUUAAUUUGUCUCCAACAUUUUACAAGACAUUACUUUUAUAUUUACAUGAUGAUAAAAAAUUGAAAACGGAAGAUGCUGGAAAAUCAAUGCAAAGUUUGGCUAAUUUAUUCCCUUUAGAAGUUGAUGGAAUGCUUAAACAAAUGGGAAUACUUUAUAAACAAUUUGAGAAGUUUCAACCAGCUCAAUUUGACUCUGUAGGACGCAAAAUAAAAGAAGAGUCUGAUCCUUAUGAAAAAAGAGAAGGAAUUGCAACUGGUAUUUUUUUAAUAACCGAUUCACUUGUCUCUCCUCAACAAAUUAUGUCUCUUUUACACUUGGUAGUCCCAGAUGGUUUAAAUGAUAGAGCUGAAACUUGUAGAAAUUUAAUGAGAAAUGCUGCAGCAAAAGCUAUUCAAAAUCAUGGCUCUGAAAUGGUCGAUACACUCUUUCCAUUUAUUGAAGAACAACUCAAUAAAUUAACAAAGGAGGCAAAAAAUGAUAAUUUAAGACAAGGACUGGUUGUACUAAUAGGAACGUUAGCUCAAUAUUUAAAAGAAGACAAUGCAAAAGUACGAAAAAUUGUUGCGAGAUUAAUUGAAGCGCUUUCUACUCCGUCUCAACAGGUCCAAGAAUCAGUUGCUGGUUGUCUCCCAGCACUUAUUCCAUCCCUAAAAAAUGAUGCAAGUUCACUCAUUGAGAAUAUGUUUAUGUUACUUACAAGUGCUGAAAGUUAUGGAGAACGAAGAGGUGCUGCUUAUGGAAUUGGAAGUAUAAUAAAAGGACUUGGAGUUGCUUCAAUUAAACAAAUGAAUAUAAAUUCGAGAUUAAAAGAUAUGCUGGCACAGAAACAAAAACCUUUGUUUAGGGAAGGUGCUCUUCUUUGUAUUGAAAUUCUCUGCAGCACAGUUGGAAAAUUAUUCGAGCCUUAUCUAGUUCAUUUACUUCCUGAUCUUCUCACGGCGUUUGGAGACACUUCUGAAGCCGUUAGAAGAACUGCUGAUGACACUGCUAAAGCUAUGAUGCGUUCACUUUCUGCUCACGGAGUUAAAUUAUUAUUACCUUCGUUAUUAAAAGGCCUUGAUGAUGAUUCUUGGAGGACUAAAUGUGCAUCUGCUGAACUCUUAGGAGCAAUGUCAAAUUGUGCUCCUCGUCAACUUUCCACUUCCCUUCCUGCAAUUGUUCCAAAAUUGUGUGAGGCAUUGACGGAUACACAUGGAAAAGUGCAAAAAACAAGUGAAAGGGCACUUAAACAAAUUGCUCAAGUUAUACAGAACCCAGAAUGUUUGGCUAUCAGUCCUCAUUUAAUUCAAGCUUUGGCUGAUCCACCAGGAAAAACUUCUUCAUGUUUACAAACUAUAGUAAAUAAUAAAUUUGUUCAUUAUAUUGACUCGCCUUCUCUUGCAUUAAUGAUGCCAAUAAUUUAUAGGGCGUUAGCCGACAGAAAUACGGAAGCUAAAAGAAUGGCAGCUCAAGUCCUUUCAAAUAUAUAUUCAUUAGUUGAUAAUAAAGAUAUGGAACCUUAUCUUGAUUCUCUUAUUCCUGGUUUGAAAAAGGCUUUGUGUGAUCCUGUUCCUGAAGUUAGAACGGUUGCUUCAAAAGCAAUGGGAGCGAUUGUCCAAUAUUCUGCUCCAGCAACUUCUGAAAAAAUUCAAGCAGAUAUAAUGCCUUGGCUCAAAGAAAACUUAGUUUCUGAAUCCUCUUCAGUUGACAGACAAGGAGCGGCACAAGGCCUUUCAGAAUUAAUUGCAGCAAUUGGAGGAGACUUUUUGGAGCAAAACUUGCCUGGAGUAAUAAAAAUAACAGAAUCUGCAACAACAGAGCCUUAUAUUAGAGAUGGAUAUAUUCUUUUAUAUAUUUAUUUACCUAUUGCUUUGGGGGAGAAAUUUGCUCCUUUUAUUGGAAAAAUUAUUCCUUCGAUUUUACAGGCUCUAGCUGAUGAAACCGAAUAUUUGCGUGAAUCAGCUUUAAGAGCAGGCAAUAGAUUAAUUACUGUUUAUUCCAAUCACGCAAGAAAACUUUUACUUCCACAACUUCAAGCUGCUUUAAUUUACCAAAAUUGGAGAAUAAGACAAGCUUCUGUUAAACUAAUUGGAGAUUUUCUUUUUAAUAUAUCAGGUGUAAGCGGUAAAAUGACUUCUGAAACUGCUGGAGAAGAUGAUACAAUGGGAUCUGAAGCUGUGAAUAAAGCAAUCGUUCGCUGUAUAGGCCAACGGUCUAGAGAUGAACUUUUGGCUGGUAUUUAUCUUGUUAGAUAUGAUGUUUCUUUGGCUGUUAGACAAGUGGCUUCACACGUUUGGAAGGUUAUUGUUUCAAAUACUCCACGAACAUUAAAAGAUAUUAUGCGUCCAUUAUUUGAAUUAUUACUUCAUUGUCUUUCAAGUUCAAUAGAAGAUCAACAACAAAUGUCUGUUCGUUGUUUAUCUGAAAUUGUAAAGAAAAUGGGUGAAAGAGUUUUGGCUGUUAUUUUACCUAUACUUGAAGAUAGAUUAAAAAAUGGUGGAGCAGAUGAUCGUCGUGGUGUAGCUUUGGCUUUGGGUGAAAUAAUUAAUAAUACACAUAGAGAAAUUAUUGAAACAUAUUCUACCAAUUUUAUUACUUCAAUACGUACAUGUUUAUCAGAUACGGAUAAGUCUGUUCGUGAGGCUGCUGCCAAAACUUUUGUUACAUUUUAUGGAAUGCAAACAAGCAAUUAUUGUGUUGAAAAGAUUGUUGGUCCAUUAUUUGAUGAAUUUAAUUUAAAUAAUCAACCACAUAUUUUGGAUGGUUUAUGUUCAAUAAUGGAAGGAGGAGGACAAUGUGGACGUCAAUUAUUCUCUUCAAUAUUACCAAAAUUGUCAAAACCUCCAGUUAAUUCUUUAGCCAUUUGUAGACUUGCAAUUUGUACUGAUGCUUUAAAACGAAAUAUGAGGGAAGUUAUGGCUGCUUUGUUGUGUGAUAAAUUAAAUGUUGAUAUGGAGGAGCAUGUCCAAAAUUGUAUCCCUGUUCUUUUUUCUGUUGCUGCUGAAGAGGAUAUUCGCGCAAUGCUUUCUUGCCUUUUAAAAAGUAUUUCAAAUCAAAAGAAUGCCUUAACUGCUGUUACUUUAUUGAAAGAAUUUAUUGAGAAUAAUGAGGAUGAAUUUUCUCUGGAACAAUUAGAUUUAUUAGUUUCUGGUUUCAUUUCAUUAUAUAACCAACAGGAUUCUGAUGUUAUCUCACUAGUUUUAGAUACAUUCAAUUCCUUAAAUAAACAAUUGGAAACUUCAGAAUUAAUUGAAUUAGUUUUGGUAUUAAAGAGGGCUUUGAAAAGUUUACAUUUGGAUGUUAAAAAUGCCAAAAAUGAAUAUGCUAAUAUUUUGUGUAUUCCAAAAGGUUGGAAACCUUUAAUUGUUAUUUUACGUGAAGGAAUACUUGCUGGAUCUGUGGAAAUUAAAGAAGUAGCUGCCAAUUGUAUAACUCAAGCAAUUCAAUUAAGCGAUGAAAAUGGUCUUAAACCACACGUUGUGAAUGUUGCCGGUCCUUUGAUACGUGUACUUGGUGAGAAACAACCCGUGCCUGUUAAGAUUGCUGCAAUUAAUGGAUUGAAUAAACUUUUGGAGAAGAUGCCCCUUCUUCUAAAAACAUUUCUUCCACAAAUGCAAAGUGUAUUUAUUAAAAUAAUUCAAGACUCAACAUCUCCUAAUCUUCGACAACUUGCUGCUCAAGGAAUUCGACAUCUUUUAACAUUUCAUACAAAACCAGAAAAUUUGUUAAAAGAAUUAAAUAAAUUAAAAGAAUUUGAAAUUAUUGAUAAUAAUGGGGGAGGAGAAAGUGGAGAGAAAAUAGAUUUAAGGACAGAUAAAUUAUUAAAUGAAUUAAUAAAUCAAGUUGAAAAUAUUUUGUGA